GUUACAUGGUCUAGGAUCACAUGAAAUCCUACUAGACUUUCUUUACUUGUGUGAUUUAAUUACGGUUUCGACAGGUAAUGUUGGUGUCUACUUGCCGCAUUUUUCUCAUGUCAUGCAUUCACUGGAGGGUGAGGUUUAGUCCAGAUAUGUGUUGAUCUUUGAGUCAUUGCAGACGAUUAAAGGCGGUAAAAACAAAAUGGAUAUGUGACAAAGUACUAACAUGCGUCCUAUGCUGUACAACAGCAUCCACCCGACAGCACGACAACAACUUUUGGUUGUGUUCACAGUUUGGAGUAUCUCUGUCAAUGUUGGUGUCUCCAUUGAUUCCUGUACACCACACGACAACACGUCAACUCUACUGUCCUGCAGUCAAGACCUGACCCCCAGCACCUGUUUUUGUGCCGACAUCUCUACCCUGGGGUCAUGUGACACAAACACGACCCUACCCCAGUACCAAAUCUUUGGCUAUGUUUUCACCGACCUGAAGACACCGGAUAAUGAGACGCAGGACGUCACUCCUGACCCCACUGACCACUACCUCAUCUGUAAAUACAGCCACAGAGCUCUGGCCUGCAACAACACACCAACCUUCAGCAGCAAAACUCUGGACAUCCGGUGCCAGCUCCAAGACUCAUUCCCCAACACAACAUGUCUUAUACAGCUCCAGGUAAUGUCUUAUACAGCUCCAGCACAUGCCUCACAUCCCCAGAACACAAACCUGGAGCGAGUGUCCCCCUCUGACAUUUGGUGCAACUUCUCUCUGCCACUGCUCAACCUGUCUAAAGGUUUGAAAACUUUUAACAUCACGUGGUACAGUGACGUCAGACCCGAUGUACGGAUACAGGGAGAGGCUACCACUGUCCAAGUUCAUCUGGCACUACCUGAGCACAGCUUGGUGAACUGUCCCAGUGGUACUCACGUCAACAACACGACCAUCCACCCACAGUCCAACGCCUCAUGCACGUGCAAGUUGGACCGUCCGGGCUCACCCCCGGGCUGUGUCACGUGGGACAAUGUGUGUCACGUCAACAUUGACAACUGUCAAGUGGAUAAAACUGUCAACUUUACAUACCAGAAUAAUUUGCCACAGAACUUUAGUUGUCGCGUCUGCUCUGGUUUGGGAGGUUACCAGAACUCUCUAACAUUUACACCUGUGUUUGCAGUUCUACCAGAAAACGUCUCAGUCUCAUGGAAUACAACAGCAGACGAUAUGGUGCUGUGUCCAGACAUGUCCAACAUCUUCCUACAGCUGGACUGUACUGCUGUCAACGUCCGCCAUCCAGAUCUUGUCUUCAAGCUGGAGGUCACCUCCAACACGACCGUCCUUGACCGACAUGAGGGUUCCAGUGUUGACUUUCCACACCAGGUGGCGCUGAACUCGACUGGUAACUACAGCGUCAGGUGUGUGGCGUGGAACAACAUGUUUCCAGAUAUACCUGUACCAGCCAACAAGACAGGAGAAUUGGAGAUCCAAGGACCAAACGAUGUCCAGCUUUUACACAACGGGACGGUCAUCCAAGAGCAUGACGUACAGUCCAACCACUCCAUCCACAUCACGUGCGUGGCAGACGAGACCGGAAAUGCCACUCUGGACUGUGAUGGUGUGGGUAUGUUCACGUGGCCUGGCCAGGUCAACCACACACUGACCAGUGGUCAGCAGGCCAACUGUACGUGUAUGGCGUCAGGCACGCUCAAGUGUUUCAGGAAUAAGACGGUCGAGUUUAUAGUCAGCGUCAGGGAAGUUGAACCAGUAAAGAACCAGGCUCUAGAGAAAGGAGGUGUAGGACUGAGUGUAGGACUUGGUGUAGGACUUGGUGUAGAACUUGGUUGUCUUAUCAUCAUUGUGGUGCUGGUCAUUUGUCGAUGCAAAAGGAGAGGGAGGAAUAGAAAUAUUCAACAACACACACGACAUCCUACUGGCUAUGAUAAUAUUCAUCUGGAUGGUGAAUCCCAUCACAAAGAAAAUGUGGAGAUCACUAAAGUUAACGGUGAGACCAGAGUUUCUAUCAUAGAGAAAUCCAAGCCCCCAAGUAAAGACGAGCCCCACGACUACACUCAAGUCGUUGUUGAUGGAAAUGAGUACGACCCAUCACGUCAUCAGGUCAAACAGAAGGUCGAGGUCACCACAGAUGGCGACAACACGAGAAUCUCGAUAUCAGAGGACGAGAAAAGUCACGUGACAGUGGCGAGCCCAACCACCACAAAACCCCCGCCCCAGUUCCACAAAGCUGGACCCCCCGCCAAGUCCCGUCCAGUCACUCACAUCGAGAUUAUAAACCUUCGGCCCAACAACAGGCCAGAUCAAUUGUGGCGAAGUGAGCCGAAUCUCAAUAUGGCCGACUUGCCACAAAAGAAAAGCUACGAGAAUGUUGUAACUCACACAGGCUCUAAGCCAGGUGUAAAAAUAAUUAAUGCCAACAUAGGAGCUGCCAGCAAUAAACCAAAGACUACCACUGUGAUACCAGAAGAACCGGAGGGUUCUCAAACUCUUUCAUCGGGUUUGGCCAGUAAAGCUGGGUACAUUGACAUGAAACCUGUGGAGCCUCAGGUUGAUUCAACUGUGGCUCAGACAGGAGAUAGUGGGAGACAUUCACCAGAACCUGUAGCUCUACAACAAGCUCCACAGCAAGACGACGGGGACUACGUGUCCAUACACAAGCCGCGCCAAGGAUAUGAGAAUAUCAGGCUUUAG